AUGGCUUUGAACCUUUCUUCCCGAGCGGCCAGGACCGCCUGCGCUGCCUCCAAGAUUGCUGCUCGCCCAAUUGCGACAGUCAUCCCAUCGCGCACAUACUCAACCGAGCAAACCAACGAAGACAAGCCCCGAUGGUCCUACACUCCGACACAGGCAAAGGCACCCUUCAGUCUCCACCUCAACUCCACGCGCCCUGCCUUCCAUGUCAACUCCGACCCUGUGCUCUUGGACCGGUUCUACACCCGCUUGUUCGCCAACAAUGGCGAGAAGCUUCUGUCCGAGGAGACCAAGUGGCUGGCCGUGACCCAUAAGAGCUUCGACCAGGGACGCCGAGGAUUCAACGACCGAUUGGCCUUCUUCGGCAAGCGCAUUGUGCAGCUGCAGGCCUCACUGGCUCUCGCGCAGUCUUCCCCCAAGGGCGGAGUGCCCGGUGAGAACAACACCGAUGAGUUUGGUCGCGUGCCUUUCAGCCACCCUGCUCUCGAAGGAUUGAACAGCCUGUCCGUCGAGAACAAGAACAUUCUCACCGAUCGUACCAAGCUCGCUGAACUCGCAAAAUCGUACGAGCUCCAAACGGUCCUCAGAUGGAGUCCCCGCAAGCCCGACGACCUCCGCGCAUCCGGCAUUGACCUCGUUCUCUCGCAUACCCUCUACGCUAUCCUUGGUGCCCUCUCCCUCGAGCAGGGGAGUGUGGUUGCUGCUAAAUUCGCCCGGGAGCGGAUACUGACACCCCUGGGACUCAAGCACUUGAAGUAA